AUGCCGCUCGGCGUCCGACGUCCGCGCCCGGAUAAGGUCUGGGAGCGCGGUUCGAGGGUGGACGUCGUCUUAGAGCGCACGCAGGACAUCGAUCGCGAUCGGACGAUCGAGUGCGAGGUGGCGCUCGUGGGCGCGAGCGCGUGGCUUCGAAGCGGGCGGACGACGCUCGUGGGCGCGUGCGCGUUCGAGGAUGAUGCAGACGAAGUGCGGCUGACGUGGACGGUCCCGGAGGACGUGCCGACUGGGGAGUAUGAGUUGCGAGCGCAUGUGCCGAACGCGAAGCCGGCGAUCGAAUCGUCAACGCGGGUGAUGGUCGCGGAACGCGUGGCGUUGGUUCGGACGAGCGCGGGCGAGGCGCGGGCGAUGUGGGAUCGACGAGCGGUCCCGAAGGAUUACUCGAUGGAAGACGGAUGGAAACUGGCGAUUGAUAUCGUUCCGGAAGUUCGGGAUGGGGAGGAUGUGAAUGCGGUGGUGUCGCAGGCGUUCAUACUCGCCGCGGAGAGCGGACUGAGGACGCACACGAGGGACGGCACGCGCAUCUUGUGCGACAUCUCGACGGCGGAACGGGACAGUCAGAGCAAGAGUCUCAGGUUGCUACCGAAUCGUGUGUGUGAGAUCGGGAUAUGCGCCUUCGGAGACGAUUCUGAGGUGAUGCAAGAUUACGUCACGUCUCGUGUGCGAGUGGAUAUGUCCCACACGAAGUUUCAAGUCAUCGCCGGUGGACAUCCUUCGCCUUCAGGGCGAUGCAUUCGCGCGGCCGAAGGAUAUUACGUGAGAACACCGCCGCCGAAGACAGUACUAGAGAAGAAACAGGAGGGUCAAGAGUUGAAAGACAUGACAAACAUCGACGAAACGGACACUUUCACCAACGAGGUUGUCACGUUGGGACAAUGGGGAUCAGUGGAGGGCGCGGAUGGAUGGCGACAGGAAUCCGGUUUGAACGUGCUCGUCGUUCGCGCUGAUGAUUUUCAGCCAAUUUACGAUCGUACGUGGGACAUGAGUGGAGGCGCGCGCCGAGCGAGAGCUCUAGAAGAGUCUCUUCAGUCAUUUAUGAAGGCAUUUUUUGAUGGUGGCGAAGUUGACAUCGCGCGUAAGAGCGUGCCAGAACAUUUUCUGUGCAUCACUUCCUGCGGUCAAUGGAGUGGUGGCGCUCCCAAGGUCAGCGAAAAAGUCGGAAAAGUAUUACAACUCGUCCUUGUUGGCAUUUUAGGCGCCGAUCAGGACGAUCCGGAAGUUAGUGCGACCAUUCAGAAAGCUCUGGCGGCGCCGGACAAGCCACUUGCCAUGGCAGUGAUGUCGUAUGGAAACGCGAAAUCCGACGAGGUGCACACCUGGAUGAACGUUGGUGAAGCAAAGAGUAAGGCGAUAGUUCAGGUAUGCUUGAGUCACGCGAGCGGCGCGUGGUAUCCGACGUUGAUUCAGAGUGGCGUUGGUGAAAAGUCCUCGGAUUGGUGCGUUCCCUGGCGACAGUUUGGACGAGAGGGAUGGAGCGUCGCCGAUGACGCCGCCCGAGUGGAGCGGUAUUCGCAACUCAUAGCGGAUGUUCGUCACAUGGUGUUCGACACUAAGAGUGGUACACGGGUGAGCGUGCACAAUUUAGUUCGCUCUCUGGUGAAGUACGCGACGCGCAAGAGUGGAGACAAGUCGCUGGUACCCACCAUCAAUAUGCUUCUGGUUGAAAUAAUCCUCUCACGAGGAGAGCUUGCGUCGGUUGAGUGUGUCAACGCUGGUGUGAUUGAGUACGUCAUUCAUCGCGUGCUUCCUUGCUUCAACGAGGACGGAUCACAUGACAAACUUGAUGUUCUAGACAAGGCGUACAUCAAAUCGUUUCUUAAAUUGCUCACGGUGGAUAACUUUGCAGUCUACGCCGAGGCUAUGCGUAGAGGCAGUGCAGAGGCGGCGCUUCGAGUUGUACGCGCAUCAUGGAACGGAGAAGCUACCUGCUUCGACGCCAGUACGCGUGAUAUGGCGUUCGAACUUGCUGAGCACAUGGCGCUUACCGAUUUAGUCACGGUUCAAAUCACUGCGAAGAGCGAUGACGUAGUCUCCACGUUUACAGCCAUUCGAUCCAGCUUAACCUGCGUGUCACCCAUCACCGCAUCUACCUCUAGUAAGGUGUACAUCCUCGACAUCGAAGCUCCGCUCGGGCGUGAUGGACUCAUAGAGAUCCCAAAAAGGUCUCGAACAUGCGAAUCGGCGUCGCCGACGAUGACACCAGCGCAAAAAAUUUUACAGGCAUACGAUGAAAUCUUGGAGGGUUCGGAUUCGCCGGAUAAAAACGCUGAUAAGGAUUGGACGAUGAUUGAGCCGAGCGAAAACAAACAGAUGAAGGAAGUAGUCGUCGCGGAACCCAUUCUGGAGACACCGCAAACCUCGCAGAAACAACCGCCGGAGGAUAGGGAAUCAGCUCCUGAAGAUAUCUUCGAUGGAAUCGUCGUUCUUUACCCUAAAGACAACGAUUGGAACACGCAUGUCGCAAUGGUUCGACAGGCACCAAGGAUCGUGUGGCGCGCACGAGAACGAGGCGCUCGAGCUGUAUUUUUUGUGUGGCCCAAACGCUUGCCGACGUGCGUCCCUGUGCAACCACUCCAAUCGAGUCCGAAUUUCGAUAACUCGACAAACAUUCCGAGUUUCGUCAUGGAUCAUGAAUCUUUAUCCCGGUUGCUCUUGAUUUCCGAGGAUAUUGAGUUUAAAAUCGACAUUCCGAGUGGUAGAUUUGUUGGUGCUGCUGAAGCACUCGCGAGCCGAAUCGGCAAAAAACUCAUGGAAGCGUGUGCAGAUCGUCCUCCUGCUAUACGUGAAUGUGGAACUCCACCGAUAGCUGGACGCUUUCGAGGAAGAUUCAAGCCCUGUGAGGCGCAGAGCUUACUUUGCAACGAGGAGACAACGAUACCGAGCACGCCCGUGGCGUCUACCAGUGAAGGUUUUGCCGUUUCACUGAUGCGGAAGAUGACGUUUACGCAGGGCGACCAGAAGAAAGAAGAGUCAUCCAAUGAUGACGCAAGCGAAGAGAGGAAGGAUGUGAAAGAAGAACAGAACAUGCAUUCUCUUCGAAACCUGAGUCAAAAGGUCGCUGCUCCACCAAUGGAUGAAAACUCUUAUCUGGACGCGUGGCGAAGCGCUAACUUGGAUGGCGGAGUAUCGCACUGGACGCGAGCGAUGCGCCUCGUUAACGCUUUAGGUGAUCAUGGACACGGAAUGUUGCGUUCAGCGUACGGCAUGUGUCAGAAUGAUACCCGACCGGUUCGCGUUCUAAGUCUGGAUGGCGGCGGUAUGCGAGGCAUCGGCACACUCGUCAUGUUGGAGAGAAUACUAAAAGAGACAAACAACUGGUGUGUGGGAGAUUGUUUCGACCUCGUCGUGGGCACGUCUACUGGCGGCCUCAUCGCGGCGGGCGCCGGUCUUCUUCGCAUGACUGUCGAUGAGCUACACGAGCUCUAUGCGAAGAUGGGUGAUGAGAUAUUUCCCCGCAAAGCCGACUCGUACAUGACGCAACUAUACAAUCAAGUUUCAGUGACCAAGUUCUAUAAUCGCGGUAGAGAAGAGGCGAGAAGCUUCGAGACCAUGCUGCGAAAGGCUCUCAAGGACGAAGGAGAAAAGCCUCUGUACAGCAUCACCUCACACCCUCGAUGGUACUCAUCGAGAUCUCCACCACCGCACGUCUGUCUUGUUUCGCAUCUUGUCAGUCGCUCGCCUGCAACGACAUUCUUGAUGCGGUCUUACAAACACGACGCUCGUGGAAAAAGUCAUCUCGGCCACUUACCUGGUGAGCAUCGCGUGAGCUUGGUAGAUUCCGUCCGGGCCACGACUGCGGCGCCGUGGUUUCUGGAGGAACUCAGAACGAAGAAGCAAAUCGGUGGCGGCGGCGGAUUUUCGCGCGACGACAAAACCGGUAACGCCCGUCAGGGAGACUCGGGCGGACAAGCUUCGCCAAAACCCUCUGACGGAAAGCAAUCGACGGAGGACGAACAUCAUCAUGAUAUCGGCACCAUGCCAACGAAUGUGGAGGCAGAGAUGAGACUCAUCGACGGAGCCAUUGCGAGCAACAAUCCCACCGCUGUGGCCGUCUUUGAGGCUCGUCGUUUGUUCCCGAAGUCCCGUCCUUUGUGCGUGGUGUCCUUGGGAACGGGGGCGGCGGUUCCAAACUCCCGCGACGCGGCCGCAUCGAGCUUUCCGUGUUGGCUUGACAACACCAUUCACGCGUCUUGCGACGUCAACCAAGUCGACGCAACGAUUCGUCACUUGCUCGGCGGCGACGACGCCUACUACAGAUUCCAACCCACCGCCGAUAUCUUCGGUUGCGAGCUCAACGAUACCUCCGAGACCACCGCCUCCGCGCUCAAGCGCGCGGCCGCGGCGUACAUGGACUCUGUCGCCGCGCAGGUGCGCGAAGUCGCCGAGCGACUCCAACGAGACGACAAACCCGACGUCGACGUCGCGUGCGACUCCCCCGCGCCCUCAUCCUCGUCGUCGAAUCAUUAG